GAGAAAGAGUCUGAACACAGACAAAGAGGAACCUUACAUCAGAUCAGAUAGUUUGCAGAAUGUCUAAAGGACUGUUAUCGGUACUCUUGGUCCUUGUGGCCGUUACUACCUCCCUGGCCAAGCCAGAGAAGAACCCAGUAAACCCAAUCAAGAAAGAGAAGAGGGUUCCUCAGACUCUCUCUAGAGGUUGGGGUGAUCAGUUAAUCUGGGCUCAGACCUAUGAGGAGGCCUUGUUUUGGGCCAGGUCAAGGAACAAGCCUCUGAUGGUUAUUUUCCACCUGGAGGACUGUCCACACAGUUUGGCCCUGAAGAAGGCGUUUGCUGAGGACAAAGAGAUUCAAAAACUGGCAGAUGACAGUUUCAUUAUCCUGAACCUGGUGUAUGAAACCACUGACAAGCAUCUAUCUCCAGAUGGACAGUAUGUUCCCAGAAUCCUCUUUGUUGAUCCUUCUAUGACUGUGAGAGCUGACAUCACUGGGCGUUACUCUAAUCGCCUGUACGCUUACGAGCCCUCUGACAUGAAACUCUUGUUGAGCAACAUGCAGAGAGCUAUGAAGUUUUUGAAAACAGAAUUGUGA